AAAGACGUUUUCUAUUCAUAAUUGAAGCCCUUAGCCCUCUUUCCCACAACUCAACGGCAGGGUGAAUUACAGAACGAGCAGCUCUUAAAGCCAGCUCCGGGCAGCGGUACUGACAAGCAGCAGGCAGGCCUCGCCGCUCGCGCAGCAGCUAUGGACUUGGACUGUAUGUCCUCAGCCUCGUCCCUGCAGGCCCUCGCCAAACUGCUCAGUGAUGCACCUGACGAUGAUGAUGAUGAUGACGACCAAGGGCCACGCUGUUCUGUUAGUGCUAUGACUCCUGGUAGCAUUGGACCAGUAAAGAAAGAGACCUCUGGUACUUCUGAAGUGAAAUCUGAAAACAAGAAAACUAUUUGGAAUACGGAGGAGGUCCCAGAAGGAUCUGAAUUUGAUGAUACCUGGGAUCCUAGAGAACAGCCAGAGUAUGAGAUUUUAUUCAAACAGCAGGUGGGAACAGAAGAUGUCUUCUUUGGGAUGAGCAGGAAAGACCCUUCCACAGCCUGCUGUGAAGAUAUGGUGAUUAAAAUCAAGCUGCCGGAGACAAAGGUCUCAGACAUCACAUUAGAUAUCCAGGACAAGGUUCUUGACCUUCGAACUCCCCAAAAGAAGCUGCUGCUGCAUCUCCCUUGCCCCGUAGACAGCAAGAAUGGUAAAGCUCGUUUCCUCUCUGAGGAGGAGAUCUUAGAAGUCACCUUGAGGAUGACAAGGGAGUUUGAUUUCAUCAAUUUUGCCUGACGGAUAGAGAAGUGGAGAAAGUUUUCAAACAGUAAUCUCUAAAUUUGAAGUCUUCUCAAAAUCUAAGUGGUCCUGAAAUAGGAGAUUGUUCCCCUUGAACAGUCCAAGGGGAACAUCCUUGGAUAAAUUCAGUAGGUCGGGAGGAAAAAAGACUUAUUUAUAGCACCCAUAGGUUCUGUAAGCUGGAGCUGUCUGGCUCUUGCACUGAUCUGGUUAGUAUUCUGCUUCCUUCAGUCUGUUACAGGCUCUGUGAACUAGAAGAUAGGAGAUUACAAAUUCUGUAAGCCAGGGAAAGUAUUUUUUUGGUUAUGGCUGAUAAGUAGCACAAUGGUGCCCUGGCCAUUGACGCUGGUUCUUAGUUACUGUUAGAAGACUUGCAAGUGAUAUUUGUUUGGCCUCCAGUACUGGCACUGGGACCAGUUCAGAACCCACUCUUAGCUAUUUGGUGAGAAAAUCAAAGCUCUUCAGGGAUCCGUAUCUACACCUCCGAGGCUUCUUUACCCUGGCAGAACAAGGUAACCAACUACAACUGUGUUGCUGAACAACUUGGCUCUUUCGAACAAUUUUUGACAAUGUGUGGUU